AUGGCCAAGUCGGGCGCCACCCUGUCCGAGAGGAUUGCCGCCCUCCAGAGAAAGACGUCAAACCCAGUCCCGUCUCGUUCGGGCGGACUGUCGCCAGGAUCCUCGCACGGCUCCUCGUCUGGUCGCCUCAGCCCUGGAGACAGCCCCUCUCGCAUGGGCAGCAACGGCUCGUCGAAUGCCGUCCGCGACAGGAUCGCAAAGUUCCAGGGCAACGACGAGCGGCCACUAGUCCCGCGUAGCUCCUUUGGCGUCGGAGCGCCCAAUCCAGAGCUCCUCGGAGGGGCGCGGAGAGGCUACCCCGGCUCAGCCUCCAAAGGAUCCGGUGCUUGGGGCGAGGGAGUCCUGCGGCCCCAGAUGACGGGCGGCGUGUGGCUCGGCGGAGGGUCGGGAGGCGGCUGGGGCGACCCGGCCACUGCGCCCAUGAGGCCUCAGCUCACCGGCGGUGCCUUCCUCAACAGCGGAGGACGGAUUCCAAGCUUUGGCUCCAGCUCCGGCAGGAUGCAGAGGGGAGCGUCGUCCGAUGCCAUGCCAGGCUCCGGCCGCGAUGCCUUUGCAGAUCUCGAUCCGGACAUCGUCUUGACGGGAAGGAACAGGCCAGAGUCGGAAGAAGCGAAGCCCCUCGAGUCGGGCCUGCCAUCGCACCAGCCCGUUUCGCCCACGGCAGAAGGCAAAGACGGACUCCCCCAGUUGCCAGAUCCCCCCGCAACCGAUAUCGACCCCGCAAGGGCCAGGCAAGCUCGAGAGGGCCUCCCCGCCACCGAUGGAUCCUUCCCGACCAUUCCCGAGUUCCCGACGACGCCCUCGGCGGUGCCCGAAACGCCCAGGAAGUCGAGCAACGGCCAGCUCGGUGUGGCACAUGGGACGCCGGACACGUCGAUCGAAAUCGGCGUGCAUGGCCGGUCGCCCGAAGAUGUUGAAAAGCUGCGGCGAAAGGCAAAGGAUCUCGAGCUCGAGGAGAAGCCGCUCUCGGCCGACCCCGAGGAGCCCUGGGUGCUGCAGCCGAGCAGCCUCGGACCUGGCGGCGAGGUUCCGAAGCCCCUCGACCCCAGCGAGGUUGCGGCCGCCUCUUCGUCUACGCCUGGCGGCACGUCCGACACCGAACCGUGGGUUCAAGGCUACGGCAAGCCGGACGCCGAAGCCGACGCAUUGGCAGCCUCUUCGGGUCCAGUCAUUCCCGCCGAUCCCAGGGCGCCCGGAGACCUUCCGCAGAGGGCGCAGGUUGAGCGGACGUCUUCCGGCAAGGUGGACCCCGCAGACCCCAACGCCCACAAGGUGAUGGGCGCAGGGCUGCUCGUGCCGCACGACGAGGUGGCCGAGGCCAAGGCAGAGCAGUCGGGAGCGAGGGCUUCGCAGGACAACGGUCUGGCCGGCAUCGGAGCUUCGAUGAUCAGCGGCAGCGGCAGCGGCAGCGCAGCGAGCAACGAAAACGGGGCAUCCUUGGCGUCUGGCCCUGAGCGCCUGCCGAAUCCGCCAUCGGCCGACUCGAAGUCGACCGGCAACGGCAACGGCAUCGGCAACGGCGCUGCGUCAACGUCUGUAGCGGCGGCGGACAGUAGCGCCUCGAAUCUGGCUUCGCCGGCGUUUGGCAGCCCGACCAACGAGCGGCCGUCGACUCCAGGCACGCCGCAGAAUGGCAGCAUCACCGCCACCAACUCCGCCGCUGCGACACCCACCCAAUCCUCGUUCACGGCCUCUCCGACGACGAGUCGGCUCCUCUCGCCCGCAGAGAGGGCAAGGCAGGCGGUGGCGGAAGCGAGGUCCAAGGGUAGCGCCAGCGGCGGCAAUGGCACGGCCAGCAGCAGCAGCAGCAGCGGCAAGGGCUCGUCGCAGAGGCUGCGCAGGCCACCUCCCGGUACCGUCCUCUCGGCGGCCGACCUCGACGCCAGCGACGACGACUACGAGCCGGGCUGGGCCAGCGUCAUUUCGUCGAGCCGCUCCUGA